CUGAAGGUGGACUCUAUGUAUGCAUGAAUACAUUUUUGGCCUUUGGAAGGGAACACGUUGAAAGACAUUUUCGAAAGACUGGACAAAGCGUAUACAUGCACCUGAAAAGGCACAUGCGAGAGAAGGUAAGAGCAGCAUCUGCUGGAGCCUUACCCAAACGAAGGAAUUCCAAGUUAUUUUUAGAUCUAGAUAUGGAUGAUGAUUUAAAUAGUGAUGAUUAUGAAUAUGAAGAUGAAGCCAAACUUGUUAUAUUCCCAGACCACUAUGAAAUAGCCCUUCCAAACAUCGAGGAGUUGCCAGCCCUGGUAACAAUUGCUUGUGAUGCAGUGCUCAGCUCCAAGUCACCUUACACAAAGCAGGAUCCAGACACGUGGGAAAAUGAACUACCAGUAUCGAAGUAUGCCAACAAUCUCGCCCAGCUGGACAAUGGGGUCAGGAUUCCUCCCAGUGGCUGGAAGUGUGCCCGGUGUGACCUGCGGGAGAACCUCUGGCUGAAUCUGACUGACGGCUCUGUUCUGUGUGGGAAGUGGUUUUUUGACAGCUCUGGGGGCAAUGGCCAUGCACUGGAGCAUUUCAGAGACAUGGGCUAUCCUCUGGCCGUGAAGCUGGGCACCAUCACACCUGAUGGGGCAGAUGUUUAUUCUUUUCAAGAAGAGGGACCUGUUUUGGAUCCUCAUUUGGCCAAACACUUAGCACACUUCGGGAUCGACAUGCUUCAUACAAACGGGACAGAGAAUGGGCUCCGGGACAAUGACAUCAAGCCAAGAGUCAGUGAGUGGGAAGUGAUCCAAGAAUCGGGGACUAAGCUGAAGCCGAUGUAUGGACCAGGGUACACAGGCCUGAAGAACCUGGGCAAUAGUUGCUACCUCAGUUCUGUCAUGCAGGCCAUCUUUAGCAUCCCAGAGUUCCAGAGAGCGUAUGUAGGAAACCUCCCUAGGAUAUUUGACUACUCGCCGUUAGAUCCAACGCAGGACUUCAACACACAGAUGACUAAGUUGGGGCAUGGCCUCCUCUCUGGCCAGUACUCGAAGCCUCCUGUGAAAUCCGAGCUCAUUGAGCAGGUGAUGAAGGAGGAGCACAAGCCUCAGCAGAAUGGGAUCUCUCCAUGCAUGUUCAAGGCCUUUGUCAGCAAGAGCCACCCAGAAUUCUCCUCUAAUAGACAACAAGAUGCCCAGGAGUUUUUCUUGCACUUGGUCAAUCUGGUAGAGAGGAACCGAAUUGGCUCAGAAAACCCAAGUGAUGUCUUCCGGUUUUUGGUGGAAGAGCGCAUUCAGUGCUGUCAGACCCGAAAGGUCCGCUACACAGAGAGGGUGGACUAUCUGAUGCAGUUACCUGUGGCCAUGGAGGCAGCAACCAACAAAGAUGAGCUGAUCGCCUAUGAAUUGAUGAGAAGGGAAGCAGAAGCAAAUCGAAGACCCCUUCCAGAGCUUGUGCGUGCCAAGAUCCCAUUCAGUGCCUGCCUUCAGGCCUUUGCUGAACCAGACAAUGUGGAUGACUUCUGGAGCAGUGCCCUGCAGGCAAAGUCUGCAGGAGUAAAAACAUCUCGCUUUGCCUCAUUCCCUGAAUACUUGGUAGUGCAGAUAAAGAAGUUCACUUUUGGUCUUGACUGGGUUCCCAGAAAAUUUGAUGUUUCUAUUGAUAUGCCAGACCUACUAGAUAUCAGCCAUCUUAGAGCCAGGGGCUUACAGCCAGGAGAAGAGGAGCUUCCAGACAUCAGUCCCCCUAUAGUCAUUCCUGAUGACUCAAAAGAUCGCCUGAUGAACCAGUUGAUAGACCCCUCAGACAUUGAUGAAUCCUCCGUGAUGCAGCUGGCUGAGAUGGGCUUUCCUUUGGAAGCCUGCCGGAAGGCUGUGUACUUCACUGGAAACACUGGAGCUGAGGUGGCCUUCAACUGGAUUAUCGUGCACAUGGAGGAACCUGAUUUUGCUGAACCCUUGGCCAUACCUGGGUAUGGAGGGGCUGGAGCCUCUGUAUAUGGUGCUACUGGAUUGGACAACCAACCUCCUGAGGAAAUUGUAGCUAUCAUCACCUCCAUGGGAUUUCAGCGCAAUCAGGCAGUGCAGGCCCUACGAGCAACGAAUCAUAACCUGGAAAGGGCACUGGACUGGAUCUUCAGCCACCCAGAGUUUGAAGAGGACAGUGACUUCAUGAUUGAGAUGGAGAACAAUGCCAAUGCAAACAUCAUGUCCGAGGCCAAGCCUGAAGGGCCCAGAGUCAAGGAUGGAUCUGGAAUGUACGAGUUAUUUGCAUUCAUCAGUCACAUGGGAACAUCUACAAUGAGUGGCCAUUAUGUUUGCCAUAUCAAAAAGGAGGGACGGUGGGUGAUCUACAAUGACCACAAAGUUUGUGCCUCAGAAAGGCCCCCCAAAGACCUGGGAUAUAUGUACUUUUACCGUAGGAUACCAAGCUAAACCUCACAAGAGUUGGCUAGAAGAAGCCAUACACCUUUUUAAUUUGCCAAAAAAAAAAGAAAAAAAAAAGGAAAAAAAGAAAAAUAAAGGAAAAAAAGUCUGGAAAACUGGACACAGAGGACUACAUAGCUAUUUAUUGCUUCUUUCAAGACUGGGGCCACUCCACUCGACGCCUUUUGGAGAAGAACUGGGAAGAAAUUUCUGUUGGUGGCAAUACUCUGUUGUAGGGAAGUUUGUAAUUUUUCAGGGAGUGGGUGAUGUAAGCAAUGACAUUGGCCACCAGCACAUCAGAUACAGAGUGUCCCUCCCUCUUCUACUUUUCGGGUCAGUGGUGAGGCCUCACCUACAGUGAAAAAUGCCCCCAAAUAGGAAAUCAAAACCUGGGCUUGUUUUUAUUUGUGGCAUCAUGUUUUCAUUUCCCACAAUAAUUUCUGACCUAGCUAUGUGUACUAGGACAUCUGCAAUGGAAGCCAUUUUUAAUUUAAAUCAUAUCAGAGUUAAUAAUACACUGUGUGAAUGUGUGUGAGAGUGUACGUGUGACCUUUGUAGUCUACUGGAAAUCUGAUGGGUUGGUGUUCAAAGGCUAAGUAGUUGCCAUUAAGCAUAUUUGGAAAAGGCAGGCAAACAUUUUCACAAACCUAUAACUCAGGAACAGUUGUUAAAAAAUUAGUUCCCCACUUGGAUUUUUAAGAAGUACAAAGGGCUGUGUUGUGGCCUCUAAGUGCUGUCUGGCAUUCAUGUGGGUCUAUGCCAUUUGACAUCAAUGCCAGGUGCCCAAGUCUUGUCCUAUUGUGCUUUGCCAAAGGCAGAUGGCUUCUCUUCCUCAGCAGCGUAGCUCCUCAAAGCUUCGUGUUUAUUCAUAGUUAGGUAACUGGUUUCUAGCCUUGUGCUUACUCCCUGGAAUCAUGUUAAAUGCCCUGGCUUUGUCUUGACUUUCUGGUCCCUGAACUUUCUUAGGUUUUCACUUCUCUACAUUUCUGGGGCCAGUCUCACCUUUGCCUUUACUGCCUAUCUGCUGUGGCGUAUAGUGUGACCUUGGGCACUUUAAGGAUGUUAGCUGCAGAGACACAUCUGGACCGCUGUCCCUUCCACCUGGACAUUUCAGUGUCUUAGCUGCAGCCUGAGACCAGAACCAAGCUCUGGAUGUGCUAUGGGGAGGAAUGAGCUCUCUAUCAUUUUGGAGCUUUUCACCAAACUCCAGCCUCAGAAGUUUCUAGUUCAGACUAGUCAAUGAAGUGAAAAAGGAUUUAUUGCUGUCUGCCCAAUGUGUGCUUGUUUGAUUGAAAAGAUCUUUCUAGAAACUGCAGAAGAAUAAAGAGGCAGAACCAACAUGGGCUGAGUAAAGCAGAGGCUUGGGGAUAGGAUGUGGUGAGUUUGAACAGCCGGUUUUCUGUUAAGCUGUGGCCCUGUCUCAAGGAAGGUCAUAUGUACUAUAAGUCUGGGCUGUGGAGCCUGGGGCCAGAGGCCUGGAAACCUGGGUGCUGCCUCAACUGGCUAUGGAUCUUGGCAAAUCUUUCCUCUUCCCGUGCCUCACUCUCCUCAUCCACAUGGUGAUGAGGUGAGACAUCUCUUUUUUAGCAGGCUUUGAUCUGUGCUGAGGAACCUUCACAGAGAGCAGGAGGAGGAACAUGGUAGGUGCCAGGGCAGUGCAUCCCUGCCUUCUCAACUCUGCUGAUGCUUUUUCCACCUUGAACAAGUGACAUGGCAGAGGGAGGGAGCCCGUGAUGCAGUAAUUCUCUACAAUACUGUCCCACUGACGCCCCAUCUAGGCUUGACUUCAAGGUCCUAAGUGUCUGUUUUGUAUGUCCCUGACCAACUUUCCCCCUACCCCCGUGGGAAUUCCCACACUAAGCAGCCUUACAAAACCCACUCCCUAGAGGGCCACAUGUCAUAGAAUAAUGACACACAUCAUCAGUGGCUGGUUUGCAGUGUUACAAAGCAAAGGCCUUUUGUGGUGAUAAGGGGCUCUCUGAGGUUUGAACUCAAAUGUGGUCAAAGAUAGCAUGUAUAUUUUGAAAAAAAUAAAAAUUUUUAUAAAACCUUUGCAAUAUCAAUGGUGUAAAAUCCACAUUAAAAAUUUAGAAAAAAAUUAGACUAUAAACCACUUAAUUUCAUUAAGUAGACUGAGCAAAUUAACCCUUCUGAUGCUGAGACAUACUUCAAGAAAGUGUAGUAUGGCUGCCUCUCCCCCGCUUCACAAACACAAGGGCUAUUUCAUGGCAAGGUUUUGUAUUUGCUCUAUUCAUUCAUAUGGGGAGCUGGGUGUACUGGAGUGAGCAGCAGCUUUCUAGUUAAAAAUGUGCUUGCGUUUGUCUCCUGGUAUAUGCAAAUCAGGCUUCUCUGGAGUAGCAGUGGGAUGGACUGCUUACCUUACACAUGUGUGUAGACAGGACAUGCGUGUGGCUGCAACUGGAACAGUGUGUGGUUUAUGUCUACUGACCCACCUGCCAGGAGUCUUCUGUGUGAGAAUGUGGUGGUGUGUUUGUGUGGCUCUCUCUGAGUGUAGGCAUCUGUGUGAAGGACAGAGCUUUCUUUCUGUAAAUAUCUUUUGAUAUCCAUUUGUGUAGACUACCAGUGUGUCUUUGGAAAAUAGAUCAAAGUUUUUGUUUUGUCACUUGGUCUGAAAUAACCAAAUAACUAGUCAGAAAUCCAGUUUGAUACAGAAGGGAUUUUCUUUUUUUUCUAAAUGGAAAGAAUCUGGGAAGAAUCAUAUUUUAGUGACAUUUUGUAUGAAUGUUGUUUCAGUACUUUGAAAUUGCCUAGUCUGUUUUCCCAAACCUACAAGAAAAUGUGCCUGCUAUCUCCCUUGAAUCCCUCUGGGCUCCCAUGACCUGAAAUACACACUUAUAGUGUGA